AUGCCAAUGUGCGAACUCUACACUAAUUGUCCGCUGCAGAGAUUCAGUCGGUAUCAAGCGGCUGAGAGCUCGGCGAAGAUACGUAUCGCUGCACCAACAUCGAUGCUCUAUUGGUGGGAUGCUCCUUCAUACACAACAAGGGAGAUGAUUUACAUGAUGUUCGUCUCUGUAGGGGCACCUUAUCCAUGCAAUAUUAUCCCCUUUAAACCAGGGCCCUCAUCUUCUGUUGGAAUAGUCGAGUUUGCCAGUCCUCAACAAGCAGCUGAGGCACUUAUGCUCGUCAAUCAUUUCCCCACAUUGCUGCCUGGAUUUAGAGUAGGGGCCAAUGAUUCUCAAGCUCGCGUUUGCUAUCAGCAAAAAACAUCUUCAAAAUGGAUCGAUUACAUAGGUAUGGUUUUGAGUGAUUGAUA